AAAUUUAGAUGAAUUAACAAUGCAGAAAGUAAUUUGUUCGCAUUUUGCAGACAGGGCGGAUUCAUUUCCAUUCUUUGAUUUAUCUUUCGCUUAACUUCAGUGUAUCCCGACAGCAGGGCCACUAUGUAAUUGAUUUUAGAAGAUAUGAUGAUAAUCAUUAUCAUUCAAUUUAUUAUAAAAUCAAACUCUUCAAUUGGUUUUGAUCUUUUCGCGUGUGAUUCUUGUUUUUUAACCUUUUCAUGGGUCAACAGGGAAACUUUUAUGUGGGGUAUCAAGUAUUGAAGUUGAUUGUCAACUAGUACUACACUUUAUAUCCUCAUAUAUUUCACAAUCAUAUUGUGUGGAUGACAUUCUAAAGCUGAACGUGAUUCUUUAUUUCUCAUUUAUGAUAAUGAUUUAUUAACCUUUUCUCACUUUUGUGCUUGCUUGCACAGAUUUUUCUGAUUUUCCCAUUGUGGUAUGGUUCUUAAUAUUGGCUAAAACCAAAACAUCCUAAGCAAUAGUUUUCUUCAAUCAUGGAGAGAAGAUCUCCUCCUCUGGUUAACCAAAAAUGUCAAUGGCGAAUGUUUGGAAUCUUUAAUCUUCGCGAAGCUCAUUCCGAUGGAAGAUCGGUUUCCAAUACUGCAGGAAAUGGGAAAUCCAGAAUUAGUUCAGAUGUGCUUAGCACAGUUGAUGAAAAGUACCCUGAUGUUGAUGUAUGUUCCAGAAGAAGAAGAGGUUAUAGUUGUAAGAGUGUACGUGUGGAGAAUGAUCGGGUAGCAGAUUUGGAAAAUGAAGUAACAAAAAUGAUUGUUAAUCAGAGAUUUUUCAACAAAAACUCUAAAGGAAAAGAUGGUGCAGAUUGUCAGCCUAAUCAAUUUUUGGAUGCUGUACAGGUUUUAUAUUCGAACAAGGAACUUUUCACCAAACUUCUGCAAGAUCCUAACUCUCUGUUGGUAAAACAGAUUCAUGACAUACAGAAAACUCAAGUGAAAGCAGAAGAAAAUGGAGUAACAAGAUUGAAUAAAGCUCAAAACAGUAGUAGUUUUGAUAGGUUUAAUUCGAGUUCAAAUUGUGAGUCUCAGUCCUCUAAAAAAAUAGUAGUUUUGAAGCAUGAUACAAAUAAUGUGAAACAUUUUGCUGACACUAGCACUGGCAAUGCUCAAAAUAUCAAGUCUUCAAAUUUUGCGUUUGGUGAAAUAAAGAGAAAGUUGAAACAUGUCAUGAGAGUAAGGAGAAAAGAAAAGCAGUGCAGGACAGCUGAUUCGGCGCCAAGUAAAUUUCCCUGCAGUUCACAGGACUUGGAAGAUUGUAAAAAUGUAAAAAAGUUGGAGACUUUUGAAAGAAAUUCACCAAUUAAUGUCCAUGUUAGUAGUGAAAAAAGUUUGAAGGUUUUCAAGUUGAAGGAUUCUGAGUCAAGUAUGAGACAGGAAGAAGUUGAUUCUGAGCAAAAUAAAUUGACCGUGAAGGACCAAGGUGUGAAAGUUUUAUCUCAUAAAAAGCAUCAAAUGCUCCUCAAAGCACUUCAUAGAGAUGGGGAAAGUUGCUCUUAUAGUAGUUCUUCAGCUCAAAAAAUCAAAGAUUUGCCUGUGGCCACUUUUAGCAAUGAGUUGCAAGUUUUUGGUGCUGCAGAUAUUAGUGUCAAUAAGAGUCUUUCUGCUGACAAUUUGCAUGCACAUUAUGAUAUUCCUAGAGGAACAGAUGGGUCACUGGUACAAGUUGAUUAUGAUAGAUUUGAAGAGAAACAGCUUGAAGACCUUAUAACAUCCUCUUUGGAUCCAAUGAACAAGUCAAAGGAUAUCAUAAGUGAAGUUCUGCAGACUUUCAGCUUGAAAUGUGAUGAACCUAUGAAGAGCCAUUUAUCAAACUUAUUGAUGGAUUCUUCAUCCACUUUUGAUGAAGUGAAUGGAUUGACUGACCAAUUUUUUGACAGUACCAUCAUGCAUGAGUAUAUCAUCGAAUGUUUCAUGGAGUUAUACCAGAAUAGUGGUUUUUCGCCCCAUUUUUCAUCAAGAAAUUCAAACUUCCAAGCAUGUGUUGUGAAGAAAGUUUUGGUUAGACAGAUUAAUGAACUUGUUAACCUUCACUUUUUCCAUCAUCCAUCACCAAUAACAUUACAACAGCUUGUUGAAAGGGACUUGGCCAGACGCGAAUCAUGGAUGAAUAUCCAUAAUGAUGCAGAAGAAAUUGCAAUGGAGGUGGAGAAAAAUGUUUUGGAAACACUGGUUUUGGAAAUCGUGUCUGAGAUGAAUAUAUCAUAGAAGUGAUACAUUGCAUUGAACUUAGGUUCCAUGGAAGAUAGAAAUAGAAUGUCUUGUUUUAUUUCUAGCUACAUUUAACAUUCAUCUCACUAUCACUUAGAAACAAUUGUUCAUUUUACAAACUAUUUAAAAUAAAAAAAACUGUUCAUUUCACA